AUGCAUCAUUCUAAUACUUGUUCAUCAAAACCCGUAAAAUAUAUUUCCGUUACAAGAAAGAAAAGUGAACGUGCUAAAUUAAAAGCUAUAGAUUGUAAUGAAUGUCGUGACGUUAGAGCUUUACCUUUACCACCUAGUAUAUAUUCAUCAUUACCAAUUAACGAUGAAAAGAAACAUGAAGGAGAUUUAAAAGAUACCAGGAGUGAUGAAGAACUUUUAAAAGCUCGUAAACAACAUGUAUCAAGACAUCGAUACAAAUUUAUUCCUGAAGAUGAACCAUCUGGAUUCUGGGAUCUUAAUUAUUCUUCUAGGCGACCAUAA